GGGAUGACGUCGUCGAGGCGCCAGCCUAUUCCCCCAGCUCUCCUGCGGCGCUGCACCAAAGCAUGAGGAUUUUCUGGAAGCCAUUUGGAUUCUCGAGAAGACUUCUUAAAGUGCAAGGCUGUAGAAUAACUGAAUCAGAACUGUUGAUCCCAUUAGGUUGGACAUCACUGAUACAGAAGCUUAGCAAAGCACCUGGUAUUUUCUUGUUGGAUCAAAGGAAAAAACUCUCAACCAUGCCUGAGAUAGAAACAAGUCAGAAAGACACUGAAUUAUUUUCACCACCUCCCAAUGUCCGAGGGAUGACAAAACUUGAUAGAACAGCUUUUAAAAAGACCGUCACCAUCCCAGUGCUUAAAGUGAGAAAAGAAGUAGUCAAUAAAUUGAUGAGAUCCCUUAAAAGGGCAGCACUGCAGCGACCAGGCAUAAAACGUGUGAUUGAAGACCCUGAAGAUGAAGAAAUUAGGCUAAUUAUGUUGGAUCCUUUUAAGAUGCUAAAUGAUAAUUGCUUUGAGAAAGCUGAACUCAGUAUCUUAAAGGAGCUUAAUGUCAACCCACAAAUAUCGAACUAUAAUUUAGAAUUAUCUUAUGAAAACUUUAAGUCGGAAGAAAUCUUAAAAGCUGUGCUUCCUGAAGGCCAAGAUGUGACUUCAGGAUUUAGCAGAGUUGGACAUAUUGCCCAUCUGAAUCUCCGAGAUCAUCAGCUACCUUUCAAGCAUUUAAUUGGCCAAGUUGUGAUUGACAAAAAUCCAGGAAUCACUUCAGCAGUAAAUAAAAUCAAUAAUAUUGACAAUACGUACCGAAAUUUCCAAAUGGAAGUCCUAUCUGGAGAGGAGAACAUGAUGACCAAGGUUCGAGAAAACAACUACACCUAUGAAUUUGAUUUUUCAAAGGUCUAUUGGAAUCCUCGUCUCUCUACAGAACACAGCCGUAUCACAGAACUUCUCAAACCUGGGGAUAUCCUGUUUGAUGUGUUUGCUGGAGUUGGACCCUUUGCCAUUCCAGUAGCAAAGAAAAAUUGUACUGUAUUUGCCAAUGAUCUCAAUCCUGAAUCCCAUAAAUGGCUAUUGCAUAACUGUAAAUUAAAUAAAGUUGACCAGAAAGUAAAGGUGUUUAACUUGGAUGGACAAAACUUCCUUCAAGGACCAGUCAGAGAAGAGCUAAUGCAGCUGCUGGGACCACUGUCAAAAGAAAGCAGACGCUCUGUGCACAUUGUCAUGAACUUGCCGGCAAAGGCUAUAGAGUUUCUCAGUGCUUUCAAGUCCCUUUUGGAUGGGCAGCCAUGCAGCAAUGAACUCCUUCCCACAGUGCACUGUUACAGCUUUUCUAAAGAUGCUGAUCCUGCUAAGGAUGUCCGACAACGAGCUGAAACUGUAUUGGGUAUUUCCUUGGAGGCAUGCAGUUCAGUUCAUAUAGUAAGAAAUGUGGCACCUAACAAAGAAAUGCUAUGCAUUACCUUUCAGAUUCCUGCUGCUAUACUGUACAAGAACCAGACCUUAAAUCAAGAGAAUCAUGAAGACCCACCUCUUAAGCGCCAGAAGACAGAGAAAUCAUUUUCAGAAGAAAAAACACAAGCUACUUCAGUCACUAAUUGAAAAUGUACCCUCUAUCCCCACUAUAAUUAUAGUAUAAAAAUAUAAUUUAAAUAUUUCAUAAAAUUUUAGUAGUUAUUUAUUAUCAAAUCUUUAUAUUUAGUCCCUACUCUCUUAUACACAAUGUUAAAUUAAAAUAUAAGCAAAAUGAAUGCUAAAUAUAUUUUACUCCAAAUUUUAAAAUUAUAAUUUUAUAAGCAUUUUAAUCAAUAUUUAUUGUCUAUCUUUGGGGAAAAUUUUUUUUGAGGGUAGAUAAGUGCAUGCUACCUAGGAAAGCACUAAUAUCAUUCUGCAGUUUUCCUUAAUUGAAGAUUGUAGCUAUGAUUUAUAUAGCCACUCCUAUACAACAUUUUUAUAUAAGUAAAUUCCUUUUUUGUUUAUUUGUUUAUGGGCCAUACUGGGAGCGACUGUGCUUUGCUAGGGAUUGAACUCAGGCUUUCCCUAAUGUAAAGCACAUACUGUAGUCCAUCUCCCGGGCUCACUGAAAAUAAUUUCUAAACGACAUUAUUUAAGUCACUGAUAGGCAAAGUAUGCUCAACAGGCCAAAUCUAGUCCAUUAUCUGUUUUUGUAUUAUAGGAAAUAAUCUGAGAAGUUUCUUACACUUUUUAAAAAAUUGGAAAAGAGCAAUCUUUUGUGACAUGAAAAUUAUAUAAUAUUUCAAUCUUAGUGUCCAUAAAUAAAACCUUAUUGGAUAGAAUACACCAGGCCUGUUUUAUUCAGUGGCAGUUUUCAUGGUGUAAGAGCAGGGUUGGCAGGUUGCAACACAGCCUGGAUAUGAUUCUCAUCCUUUUAUACUGUAACUCAUCAUAGCAGUGAGUUACAAUCUACAGCAUUUUAAGUAGCGUGUAUAAAACAUUUAUAUGUCAGCAAAUUAUAAUACCUUUUUAGUACCAUAUGAAGCUAUUCUCUCAAAACAAGAAAAGCAGAUUUCUGAAGUUGUGGCUUAAAGGCACAAUGAAGUGUGAGCUAUUUAGAUACCGAAUUAGAUAAUAGCAUGAAAACAAUAUAUGUUGACAUUACCAAGAGGAGCAUUCCUAAGGUUAAUAAUACUGUAACCAUGUUAAACAAUAAUAAAAACUUUAAAGAAACACUCAACACAAUAUUCCCAACUGUCAAAACAAUUUAAAUGAGGGGCUGGGGAGAUAGUACAGUGGCUAAGGCACUUGCCUUGCACAUGGCUGGCCGAAUGCCUGGUCUUCAAUUGCCAGCAUCCUAUUGGGCCCGUCGCACUACCAGGAGUGAUUCCUGAAUGCAGAGCCAGGUAUAAGCCCUGAGUAUUAUUAAGUACAGCCCCAAAACCCAAAUCACAAAAAAUCCAAUUUAAAUGAAAAUAUUUUAGUAUUUGAGACAUCAGUACUGGGUUUUAAAUUACUAGAGAAUUACUUUCAACUGCAUAGAAUAAUUGGGUUAUAAAUUUUCAAAAAAAUCUAGAAAACACUAAUUCUGUAUUAGAAAACACUAACUCUAGGUUUAAAGUAGAAUCUAUGUGUUGCAACAGUUGGGAGAAAAAUGUGAAUUACAGAAACAUUUAAUUGGGGAUGGAGCUAUAGCACAGCAGGUAGGGCAUUUGCCUUGCAUGUAGCCAACCUGGGUUCAAUCCCUGGGAUCCCAUAUGGUACCCCAAGCACUGCUAGGAGUAUUUUUGAGUGCAGAGCCAGGAAUAACCCCUGAGCAUUGCUGGGUGUGACCCAAAAAACAACAAUAAAAAGAUUUAAUUGAGUCCAUUUUUCAAAAGCUGUGGGAGGAAAAAUGGGCUGAAGAGGUAGUAUAGGGGUUGAGGUGCUUGUUGCCUGUGGGUAGAAUCCCUGACACCAUAUAUGGUCUCCCAAGUACCUACAAAGGUCACUCCUUAACAACAAAGAAUAGCCCCUGAGCACCAUGAGGAGUAGCCCAAAAACAACUUGUAAAAAUGAGAUGUAUCAUUAAAAUCUGUUUAUUUUCUAUCUCCUGCUAAAUCAGUAGUGUCAAUUAUGAAUUCUGUGUCAUGAACUUUACCUCAACUCCUUAAGUUUUGUCAGGAAGUAAAGCUGAAUUUCCUGCAUGUUUAACCUAAAUUUAAUCUGAUUAGCAAUUAGGAAGUUUUAACUGCAAUUUCUUCAGUGUUAAGAAUAAAUUUUUCCGGGGCCGGAGCGAUAGCACAGCGGGUAGGGCGUUUGCCUUGCACGCGGCCGACCCGGGUUCGAUCCCCGGCAUCCCAUAUGGUCCCCCAAGCACUGCCAGGAGUAAUUCCUGAGUGCAAAGCCAGGAGUAACCCCUGAGCAUCGCUGGGUGUGACCCAAAAAG